AUGGGAGUUCUCACCUACUUUCUUGGCUUAGAAAUUUCAUAUCAAAAGCACAGUAUAUUUGUUUCUCAAGCCAAGUAUGCAAGGGAUUUGGUUGCUAGAGCUGGAAUGGCAAGAUGCAGGUCAUGGUCUACUCCUUGUCUCCCAAACAAUCAUCUACUUCCUACAGAUGGUGAACCAUUAUCUGAUCCUACUUUAUACAGAAGCCUAGUGGGAGCCUUACAAUAUUUGACAUUCACUCGCCCAGAUAUUGCUUCUGCAGUGAAUACUGCAUGUCAAUUCAUGACGAAACCAACGGAUAUGCAUAUGGCAGCUGUGAAGAGAAUAAUCAGAUAUGUUCAGGGCACUAUCACUCAAGGAUUGAAAUAUGUUUCUAGUCCUCCUGAUCUUGUAGCUUACAGUGAUGCAGAUUGGGGUGGAGAUCCAGCUACAAGGAGGUCUACAACAGGAUUUGUUGUGUUUCUAGAAUACAAUGCUAUUUCUUGGCAAUCGAAGAAACAACCAACUAUUUCUAGGAGCUCCACUAAAGCUGAGUAUAGGGCCUUGGCAAACACAGCUGCAGAGUUGUUUUGGAUCAGACAGGUGUUAUGUGCUCUCCAAGUAUAUCUUCCUCAGCCUCCAUUAAUUCAUUGUGACAACUUAUCUACCAUGGCUCUUAGCUCUAAUGCAGUGUUUCACUCUCGUAUAAAACACUUGGAUACUGACUACCAUUUUAUUAGAGAGAGAGAGUACAGAAGAAAGAUUUGA